AUGAUCAUCAAUGAAAUUGUGUACAAAUUUCUCAGCCGGUGGCGAGACUUCUUCGGAUUGAAGUCGGGAAGUCCAAUGUUGCUACACCAUUUGGCCGAGCGGGAGCUGGGUCUCUUCACCCUGGUCUUCUCCUACCUCGACGGCCGCACCUGCGCCCGUGUCUCUGCACUCGGCUGCUGGGCCAGCCAUGCAGCCUCCAGGGCCUCGGCGGAGAACGUCAAGCUUAGACUGCGAAGUGCCGGCCUCCUUUUAAGCCGGUGGCAAGGAGGAAGGUACGAGGGGCCUCCGUUUCUGCAGCAGCACGACCUCGAAACCGCCGCGCGGCAUUUCGCGACCAUUGCGGGAAGGUAUUCGCUGCCCGAGUACGACUGUACUUUGGACAUCCAGCCCGAUGGCUCUUUUCGCAACUAUGGCUCCCAGCACGAAAUGGUGGGACAGGCGACCAUCGCUGGGGUGCUGCAGGCGGGCCGUGUGCCUGCAUCCUCCCUUGCGGAUGUGCCCGAAGGAAUGCAGGUGUGCUAUAUCUGCGAGUUGGACAGGUGGUACAUCCGCACUAUGAUGGAUGGAAAGGAGAUGACACCAGAAGACCUGGAGUUCACCGGGCCUGGCUACCAGACAUACUCGGUGCACGCCUGGCUAGAGCCCCUCCCUGGCAGCAGCUUUGCAGACGGUGCAUUCAUGGAGAACCGUCCGAGACCAACUGCCCAAGACGGGUGGAUGCUUGAGGUACUGAUGGACUUCUUCCGGCGGGCAGACACGGAUGGUUCCGGCGAGGUCUCCAAGGACGAGUUCAACAAUAUGUUGAUGUGCACCGACAUCAUGAAGACGGUGAUGGAAGAAUCCUCCAUUGAUGCGCAGGAUUUGGGUGAGCUCUUCGAGUGGUUGGACGGUGACAAGGAUGGUCUGGUGAAUAUCGAGGAGUUCCUGCGGGGCUUUCGCUGGCUCGUGGCCACCGUGGACCCCAAAGGCCUCCUAAAGCUGGAGGAGGAGCUCGCUGGCGACUUCCAUCGACUGACUAGGCGCAUGGUUCUGCAUGUGAACAACUGCUUCGACCAGCUGUUGGAGUCCGUAAGCGUGCCUCUCAAAAAGAUCAGCGCCAUCACGGAGCAGAUCCAGCGAAUGGAUCGCCUCAUCGGUUCGCUCCAGAAGAGCCCAGACGAGAUGGACGGCAAAGCAGGCUGGUCCAGCUUGGAUCUGACGGAACGCCGCCUGGCCGUGAGACUUGACACACUUGCCAAAGCUGUUGAGAAGCUUGCCGAGCUGGAGGCACAGGGCCUGGUGAAGUUGAGCGAAGACGCCCAGCUGGAGGUGGACCUGGACAUCGACAUCACGAACUCACAGCUCAUUCAGAGCCGCAGCUUGCCCAUGUUCCGAGCCAAUGCCACCGAUCGGGCCUCUAGUAUGGCGGAGGAGGACGAUUCUCGGCAGGAGGACCUUAUCUUCUUCGAGCCUGCGAUGGAGACGCUAAGCGACAUGGCCAACGACGACGACGAGCUUCCCAAAGGUAUCAGCAAAGCAAAGCGCGAGCCCUUCCCGAACAUCGGCCCGGGCCCGCGUCGCAGUGGCUGGCAGGUGGCCGUCAAUGUCACGGCCCAACUGCAGCAUGCCCUGCUCUUUGCCUUCUGCGUGGCCGCACAGUUGGUUGGGGAGGAAUUGGGCCCAGAGAACAGGUCCCGCGUGGUCCUGCAAGCGCCGGGCGAGCGGAACUUUCACGUCUUCUACCAGCUGCUGCGUGGGGUUACACAGGUCCUGCGGCACCAGCCUUUGUUCUCACUUCCUGCAAUCGCACCCAACCGGUCUGUCAUGGCGGAGGCCGAGGCUGUGUACCGCUACGAGUCCGGAAACAUCGCACAUGCUCCCAAGGAUUACGGUCCUUUAGACCUCAGGGGAAAGUACUUUUGGCCCUGUCCUGGCUGCCCGUCUGUUGCCACUGCUGACUAUCGUGCCAUUCCCAAGCUUCGGUAUGCUUCGCUGUGCCAUGACAACGUGCAGGCCAAGUACAAAGACAUUCCAUGGAAGCAAUGGUUGUCCCUUUCGCGUAAAGGGACGCCGGGCCAGGGUGCUUACCGCAAGCGACGUCUCGCUCAAGCACCCAACGCUGGUGGGGCGGGAGGGAGGGGGAGGGAGAGGGAGAGGGAGACGGAGAGGGAGAGGGAGAAAGCGUUAGUCUUUCGGCACAAGUCUUUGCUAGCGCUUCCUACAAACAUCCCUGAUCGCUUCAUCAUGGCGGAGGCCGAGGCCGUCUACCACGAGUCCGGAAACAUCGCACAUGCCCCCAAGAAGGAUUACGGUCCUUUGGACUUUACUGGAAAGCUGGCAGGGGGCCUGCGACUCGACAUCCGGAGGCGGGCGCCGUUGUACUGCAGCGAUUGGACGGAUGCCUUCAUGCCGGAGAACUUCCAGAAAUCGGUAUCGUCCAUCUUGUUCAUCGCAGCCCUUGCCCCUGCGAUUACGUUCGGCAGUCGGUUCCUUGACGGCACGAACGGCCAGUUCGGAGUGAUGGAAAUGAUCAUGAGCACAUGUAUCAGCGGUCUGAUCUUCUCGACAUUUUCCGGUCAACCCCUUUCGAUUUUGGGAGCUACCGGUCCGUUCUUGGCCUACACGCUUGUCGUCUAUGAUCUGGCAAUCGCCGUGGACGUGGAGUUCAUGCCAUUUUACUUCUGGACAUGCAUGUGGUGCUCCCUCUUCACUGUCUUGGUGGCGGUCUUCGACUUGUGUGCGCUCAUGAAGCAUGUCACGAUGUUCAGCGAAGACAUCUUC